AUGCCUCUUGACAUAGACUUAAAUAUCACUUUCUCUUUUCCAGAAGAACAAUCAUCUUCUAUAUGUGAGUCUAGUGCACCAUCAAAUAUUGAAACACCUCAAUUUGAGUUUGAGCUAAAUCAUCCAUCAAAUCUCAUUGUUGAAGAUAACAUGAACCAAGAUGUGCCAUCAAAUAUAGAAUCAUCUGAAUUUGAGUUUGAGUUAACUCAUUUCCCAUAUGUCAAUGAUGAAGACUCAUUGACAAGUGAAAUCAAUUCAAGAAAACGGGGAUUUCUAACUAAUGAACAAAGGAAGGCUAUAUAUCAUAUACUGUUGAGUUUGAGUCCGGAUGGGAAGUCACAUAAAUAUGGAGUAAUACCACGAAUAGCUGCACUAUACAAUGUUCAUAGAAGUGUCAUUUACCGUAUAUGGAAUCAAGUAAAGGACACAGGUAAUGUUUGUCAUAGAAAAACAUUGUGUGGAAGGAAAAGGGUCCAAUUGGACUUUGAGAGAAUACGUCAAGUACCGUUAUCAAAACGAUCAACCUAUCGAGCUCUAUCUAAUGCUCUUAACAUUCCUAAGACGUCAUUGAUAAGGUUGCAAAAGUCAGGAGUUAUACGACGUCAUUCAAGUACGCUUAAGCCGUAUUUAAAAGAGGAUAACAUGAUUAAUCGUUUAAGGUUUUGUAAGGAUAUGCUUGAUAGUAACAACUUGCCUCAUGAUCCAAAGUUUAUUUCUAUGCAUAAUAUUGUUUUCAUCGAUGAAAAAUGGUUUUAUAUUACCAAAACCAAAAACAAUUAUUACUUGCUUUCGGAUGAAGAAGAGCCAUAUAGAACAUGCAAAAGCAAGAACUUUAUUGGUAAGCUUAUGUUCUUAGCUGCAGUGGCUAGACCUAGGUUUGACGAUGAAAAGAAUGUGACGUUCUCAGGGAAGAUUGGUAUAUUUCCAUUUGUGUAUGAACAGCCAGCUAGAAGAAGUAGUGUCAAUAGAGUAGCAGGGACAUUAGAAAGGAAACCUAUAACUUCGGUUACAAGAGAGGUGAAUAAAUCUUUCUUAAUAAGUAAAGUCCUACCAGCCAUUAAGAGUAUGUGGCCAAGAGAAGAUGUAGGGAAGACAAUCUACAUUCAGCAAGAUAAUGCAAGGUCACAUAUUUCUACAAAUGAUCCCGAUUUUUGUAGAGCAGCAAGUGAAGAUGGGUUUGACAUUCAAAUGACUUGCCAACCACCAAAUUCACCGGAUUUGAAUGUAUUGGACUUAGGCUUUUUCAAUUCCAUACAGUCUUUGCAGCAACAAGAAGCGGUGAAUUCAAUUGACGAACUUAUUGUUGCGGUGCAAAAAGCAUUUGAUGACUUUUCCUGUCAACAAUCUGAUAAAAUUUUUUCUACUCUUCAAUCAUGCAUGAUUGAGAUAAUGAAGAUCAAGGGAUCAAACAAGUACAAAAUUCCUCACAUGAAGAAAGACAUGAUGUAUAACCAAGGUUGUAUACCUACUCAAUUAAGUUGUGAUUCUUUGUUAAUUCAAGAAGUCACUGAAUAUCUUCAAAGUUUUGAUGAUUAA